AAAAAUGUCGUCACAAGUUUCGAAUAACACAAUUCGCAACAUUAACAAGAGAAGAAAUUUCCUUCUCCCAAUUCUCCUAUUGCUUUCUCUUGCAGCUUUGCUCAUGGUAAACAGUGUCCACUGUAUUGACAAUCCUUUCCGAUCAUCAUGGAACAAAAAGCUCAACCAAGUCGAAACCAAACUAAACUCGUUCAUCCAAACAGCCAAGACAAGAUACAGCCAAGAAGCUCGCCAAAACUUUAUCAACCAACUCGAAAGUAACAACAAACACACUCGUCAAUCCUCAACAAUCCCAUCCGGAACUUGGUUAUUAGGUGAUUUAACCUUGUACGAUGAAAAUUGCAAUCAACAAAUGAUUCCACUCACCAUGUUGAAUUCAACACCGAGCAGUAUUGAAGUUUCUCAUAACAUUGUCAAGUUUACCUAUUCAAUUGGAACUAUUGUUAAGAGACCAUUAAGUAAUUUGUACAAUGCCAUUCUAAAGUACAAUUCCGAUAGUGUUCCAAUUUGUUUCAAUAUUAAGGAAGGUGAAAUUGCAUUCACCUCUGAUUUUAUCUUGUGUUCCUCAGUUGAUAAUUUCACACCUUCAUGCCAGAAAUCAAGUAGUGGUGUUACCAAUUUGGCACUUGUUUACAAAUCACCUGGAAGUGCCUCAAGUGGAAUUGUUGCUGGUGUUGUUGUUGGAGGAGCUAUGAUUUUAGGAUUUAUAAUCUUAAUCUUGGUUUGCUGUUGUGUUUGUUGUUGUAAAAUGUGUAAAUAGGGCAAAAUAAUUUAAUUCCGAUAAUAAAUUUCCAAAUUUCUUGAU